AUGAUCGAUAUCGGACACAACUCAAUCGAGGACGAUUUCAUGUACGGUAGUAAUGUUGCAUCAUGCCAUGUUUAUAUUCGCAUGCAAUUUUUACGCAAGGUCUAUGGCAUUGUUGCAACGCAACUUGGUUUUGUUGCAUUGGUAUCAGCAAUUAUGAUCUCAUCAGAAAAUAUAAAACUCUUUUUUCAAACAAAUCCAAGCAUUAUGCUGUUUAUGUUUUUUGCCACAAUGAUUAGUUUAUUUGCUGUCUACGCUAAACGUUUAGAAUAUCCGACGAAUUUUUUUCUACUUGGAUUAUUUACGUUAUUUGAAUCAUUUACCAUUGGAACUAUUGUGUCAUUUUUCGACAAAAUAUUAGUUAUUCAAGCAAUUAUCAUCACAACUGUAAUUGUUGUUGGUUUAACAAUAUAUACAUUUCAAACGAAACGAGAUUUUUCAGCCAUGGGAGCUUGUUUAUUUGCACUACUAUGCGUGUUGCUUGCUGGUGGUAUCAUGCAAAUGUUUAUUCGUAGUCCAAUGAUGGAAUUGGGUUUGGCUUUAGGUGGUGCACUUAUAUUUAGCCUUUAUUUAGUUUUCGAUACGCAAAGAAUCAUGCGUAAAACUUCACCAGAAGAAUAUAUUGAUGCGGCUAUACAAAUCUAUCUUGAUAUAACACGUUUAUUCAUUGAAAUUUUACGUAUAUUGGAAGCAACGCGAAGAAAUUAA